CACACACGCGUAGACUGGAGCUUCCCGGCGGCUGGAUGAUGCCACGAUGGGGAGAGUGAAGACGACCAGCGUCACCUCCAUCAGCCGUCGUCUGCUUUCUCCCCCCCGGUGAGGAGCCUCCUCCUCGGGCGGUCUUCGUGGAUCUCUCGCCGCGGUGCUCCUUGGCGGUCAUUGUAGUCCCCACCCCUCCAAAAAAAAAAGCGAGUGUUUUGUUCUUUCUAUAUUUUUGUGGAGGUGCGGGGUGAAGUUCGGGCGAUGCUGUUAUGGCCACCUCCCGGGCUGCAAAGUGUGCGAAGAGUGAGAAGUUGGACGAAGCGCAGGCUUUGGCCAAAAGCUGCGCGGGUCGACCCGACUUCCUGCCUUGUGACGGACUCUCCAUCUGCGCCACACACAGCCAUGGGAAGUGCUUCAAGCUGCACUGGUGCUGCCACCUGGGAUGGUGCCAUUGCAAGUACGUGUACCAGCCCAUGACCAACGUGUGCCAGCUGCCCAGCACAGCGGUGCCCCCUGCUGACGCGGAGUACAGCGGCACCAUGGACCUGUCCGUCUCCCUGGCCGAGCGCUUCCUUAAGCUGGCGCCCUGCUUCCGCUCGCCGCCUCACCUGGAGUCGCCAAAGUACUGCGUCAUCGCCGACCUGUUUGUGGACGACUACGUGGUCAAACGCAUCAACGGCAAGAUGUGCUACGUGCAGCGACCCGUGCCAGCGCUACCUGAACCUCCUCAACCUGCUGCUCCUCUCAGACCUGCUCCAGCCACACCUCAGAGGCCUCGAAAUCCUCCUCAGCCACGGCCCACCGUCAAGCCCACGCCGCCGGCCCGGCACACGCCGACGCCUCCAUCGGGCCGCCGGGUGCACAGUGAACAUAAACACCCCUCCCCACUGGACAAGAUAAAGGGGUCCAAAAUGGACCACUGCUCCUCGCCGUCCAGCUCCGAGGACUCUGGCAUCAACGCGCUGGGUCUGCACUGUAUGGAGUCCUGUGAGGAAGAAAGUGAGGAGGAGGAGGAGGAGGGGGAGGAGGAUGACGAGUUGAGCACAGAUGAAAACUCCAGUCCUGGCAGCCCGUGGGAUCGAGACGACAGCGCUGUCCUGUCUCCCUCCAAGUCUAUGAUCGAGAUCAUUGAAAAGAUCGAAACAACUGUCUAGCUAACCCGGCGCGACAUCGUGGCAUCAAGAACAGCGCCAAAGGAUUUCGUAGGAAAUGAAGCAAACACGGUCUUGGGAUGGUCUUCGUCUUCUUCUUCUGCAAGAGGUCACCUGCACUUCACAUCCUCUUCUCACGUUCCCUGCAUGGAGUCUAGUCCUACCACUACGGUCUACAAUACAGGACGCACAGAAAGGUGAAGCACAGCGUUCAGAGAGCACGCCAAACUGCACACCACGGAAAGCUCUUUUCUAUUUUUAAGGACACUAUUUCCACAUUCACCCAUUCACACACACAUUCACACAUUGAUGGCGGGAGCUGCCACGCAAGGCCCUGACCACGACCCAUCAGGAGCAAGGGUGAAGUGUCUUAAUCAAGGACACAACGGAUGUGACGAGGUUGGUAGUAGGUGGGGGUCGAACCAGGAACCCUCAGGUUGCUGCGUCCCCCGUAUUCAUUAAUAUUAUUAUUAUUUUUGUUAUAGAGGUGAAAAAAGGAGAAAGGUAUUGAUAUUCACUGCAGAGCCACACUGAAAAGAAAACGUAGCAUAAAACUACAUAAAUACAGACAGUCCCUUAUUUUACAAGAAUAAAAAGCGGUUUUUACCCAGCAAAAAAGAUGGAUUUAAAAAAAAAAAAAAAAAAAGUAAGUCACUUUAACAAGUAAAACUCACUAUUCCCACAUUUUCAAGACUUUUUCUUUCGCAGAAAUAAAAUUACUACCUGUUUCCUAUUGCAACUUUUUUUCUUGUCAGAUUCAAAUGCUAUUCUCAAUGUUUUAUGACUCAUAACAGCGUAUUUUUUUUCUUUCUUGACAUAACUUUGUUUCAUUAAUAUUAUUAUUAUUUUUGUUAUAGAGAGGUGAAAAGAGGAGAAAGGUAUUGAUUAGGGAUGUCUGAUAAUGGCUUUUUGCCGAUAUCCGAUAUUCCGAUAUUGUCUAACUCUUUAAUUACCGAUACCGAUAUCAACCGAUAUAUACAGUCGUGGAAUUAACACAUUAUUAUGCCUAAUUUGGACAACCAGGUAUGGUGAAGAUAAGGUACUUUUAAAAAAAAAUGUAUAAAAUAAAAUAAGAUAAAUAAAUUAAAAACAUUUUCUUGAAUAAAAAAGAAAGUAAAACAAUAUAAAAACAGUUACAUUGAAACUAGUAAUUAAUGAAAAUGAGUAAAAUUAACUGUUAAAUGUUAGUACUAUUAGUGGACCAGCAGCACGCACAAUCAUGUGUGCUUACGGACUGUAUCCCUUGCAGACUGUAUUGAUAUAUAUUGAUGUAUAAUGUAGGAACCAGAAUAUUAAUAACAGAAAGAAACAACCCUUUUGUGUAAAUUAGUGUAAAUGGGGGAGGGAGGUUUUUGGGUUGGUGCACUAAUUGUAAGUGUAUCUUUUUAAUGAUGUCUGCUGGUGAUGUGCCUCUGCAUUUUUUCAACGCAAAAAAUGUGCCUUGGCUCAAAAAAGGUUGAAAAACACCGCAAUACGGGAUUAUUCAGAAUGGAAAUGUGCUGUCUCUGUUUUGUCUGCGUUGAGGUACUCGAUGUCUCUCCUUGGCUGUCAGCAGGCAGGGUCUGGAAACAAACUGCUGAUGCGAGGCAACUCGCAAUGGAAGAUUACAAGCUGUGUGCCUUUGCACAGAUAGAAAAGUCAGCACAACUGAUAAUAACUGUAGCAACGGCCUUUAAGCAUAAGAGUUGUGUGAUAACUUAUACAUAAUUAAUUAAUAAUUUCCCUUAAAAAAUGACACGUAUAUCCUCAAAGUCUUGCCUUUCUUCUGUAAUAUUUCCUUCUAACGUUUUGUAAAUGUGUAAUUGUAUUCUCGCCAGCAAUCUCAUUAUUUACUUUUCUUGUCAGUGUGGCUCUAAUUGACCUCCAUCGAGAAGCUUGACUAAACCCCCAACCCCGGCAGUUGUUACAAUUGUGGCGACAAGCUUUCCAAGGAGUGAAAGUUUGGUUUCCUUGAUGAAAAUCAACAGUUUUGCUCGUCAUCCAGCUGUCAUAAGACACCAUAGUGUUAAUUUCUUCUUGCAGCCCACACGGAUAUAAAAAAAAGUCCAUAUUGUAAUGCCAAGGCCAGCCACCUCUUAUAGGGGAAAAGUACACGAAGCCUUUGAAAGCAGUGUUGGUCUGCACUUUACUGACGCAGACACAGCAGUGGUUUAGGUCCGUGUUCGACAAUCAAGGAUUAAACACAAGCACAUUCCUACGCUGUGCCUGCCAGUGAGAAUGAUUUUCUUCUUCAAAAAAAAAUGGUUGUCUACUGUGCUCCCCAAGCCUUUAAUGGUUUUGAACAAAGCGAGACUUGCAAUGACCUCCAUUAGCCACCAAGAAAUGAAACAGCAUGGGCGUGUCUCAGUGGGCCCUGCCAAGACCGAAGGACAGGACACUUCUGCAAACAUAGAAAGUUAGAUUGGGAAUUCAAAUUAUGUUUAGAGAGAAUUGUAUGGCCUUGUCUGCUUUUGAUGGUGGGAAUGGUACGUAGGCCAAGCUAGACUGGUGUGUCACGUUUCUUUUGUGCGUUCAAAGAGGAUUAGGAUUGUGAAUAUAGGCGGUUUCAAAUUAUUAUUCAAUCUAAUGGCAUCAAAAACGUAGUUUGCAUGUCUAUAUUUACCUGCAAAAUACCAAAUGGACUAAAUGUAGUGUUCAGAAUGUUCAAGGAGAAGAGGAUAAAAGGCUUUUCUAGCAUUAACCUUAUAUAGAACACAGUCCUCUUUAAAUGGACUUUCAUGUUUUAUGUUCUAUUGAUGCCUAUAUUAUUUUCUUAUGAAUAAAUACUAAUGAAACUGCA